GCAAGGGAUAGCAACGUGUCUUUGCUUAACAGGACAUUUCUUUAUUCAGAUGGUUGAUAGCAUAGGCAAUAAUAAUUCAGAUAAGGAAUGGCUAAAGUACGACUUUGCUGGGGGCAGUACCAGUGAUGAUGGAAUCAUCAAGGAGCAAGACAGAUUGCUACCCAUAGCUAAUGUGGGACGGAUCAUGAAGCAGAUUCUGCCUCCCAGCGCAAAAAUCUCGAAAGAAGCCAAGGAAACCAUGCAAGAAUGUGUAUCUGAGUUCAUAAGCUUUGUCACUGGAGAGGCAUCCGACAAGUGUCACAAGGAGAAGCGCAAGACAGUCAAUGGGGACGACAUAUGCUGGGCUCUUGCAUCUCUAGGGUUUGAUGAUUAUUCCGAGCCCCUAAAGAGGUAUUUAUACAAAUAUAGGGAGGUAGAAGGAGAGAGAGCAAGCCAUAACAAGGCAAGCAACAACGAAGAAAGAGAUGAUUCCUCGAAGUAUAGAGGUGAAUCAAUCUUGAAGGCUACUGUUUCUCCUCAUACUCCAUUGAAGCUCCCUGGGAAUAUUGAUAGAAGUAACAGUCUCUCAAGGCGAUUUUGAAUUCUUGGAACAAAGUAUGUUAACAGUCCUUAAUUAGUCCUAAAUAUUGCCGGUAUUGAUAUAGCUAGUUUUUAUGAUAUUUGGUUAUGUUUCCUUUUUCUUUUUUUCUUUUUUUUGUGUGGUGGUGAUCAUAGUGGGGCAUAAUUGCUGAUGAGGGGCUAGGGAGGCUGAUUUAGUUGUGUUCGAUCAAUUUCUGUGAGCGUUAAAAAUUCUUGGGUUUGUUUUUGAUUGAUUGUUAUUAAUUACAGUAAGAGUUAUGUGAAAUUAAGGUUAAGACUUUGAUAA